AUGAGUUCCUAUGACCAGAACAGUGCAGAAUACAACGACUACAACAAACUUAGUAUCAAGCAUGAACUCAAAAAGCGGCUUUCGACAAAGUCAAACAUCCUCUUGGCGGGGGAGGAUAAUUUUGCAGAGAUCUCAGCUCGUUACACCGAGUACAAGCGGCCCCUUUACAUUGCUGCUGUUCAGGUUCAGGAAGAACAAGAUGUCAUUGAGACGGUUAACUAUGCACGCUCAAGAGGCAUCCCAUUCGCCGCACGAGCGGGUGGUCACAGUCUGACAGGUUCUCUUCGCCGGAUCAGAAAUGCGAUCGAGAUUGACAUGCGUGGGCUGAAUACGAUAAGCUAUGAUGCAAACAAGCAGCAAAUGACGGUAGGUGGGGGCGUCACGACUGGAGAGUUUGCGAAUGCAACUCACGCGAAGGGUAUGGAAGUCACUGUUGGCUCUUGCCCAUGUACAGGAGUCAUGGGCAUCUCACUUGGCGCUGGCAUUGGCCGGCUUCAAGGAAAGUACGGUUACCUGAAUGACAACAUGGUCCACACCCGUCUGCUUCUCGCGAAUGGUACAGUAUUGGAGGUCUCAGACUCGUCUAACCCAGACCUUUUCUGGGCUAUUCGCGGUGCCGGACACAAUUUUGGCAUAGUCCUCGAGGCAACAUACCAAGUCUAUCCGCAACUAAAUGACGGCAGACACUUUGUCGUGGAUUUUGAAUUCGAGCUCGAUAAACUAGAGGCAGUCUUCGAAGUAGUCAACUCAAUCUCUGACCCAAUGCCAAAAGAGGUCGCGGUAUUUGUGAUUGGCAGAAGGCGGGGAGCAAAUGGGAAGCCGACAAUAAACAUCAACGUGGUAUAUUCAGGACCUGAAAGCGAGGCAGAGCCAUUUGUCAAGCCCUUUGAUGCAAUCUCACCCGUUUGGAAAGACAGCAAGACGGCUGCCUGGGAUGCCCUGCCUUGGGCCACCUAUAAUGGGCUCAACAACAUAUUAUGCACCCCUGCAGGGUGGGCGAGAUUUCCUAUCAAGAACUUCUACGCAGCAAAUGUGGCAAAGUACGACAUUCCAACCAUGCGCUCAUUCUUCGACGGAUGGCGAGCGAUGAACGAGAAGUACGAGGGUACCGUGACGUUUAGCGUCAUGUUUGAAUCUUUCCCUCAGCAACGUGUCCGUGAAAUUGCGGAUGAUAACACGGCAUAUCCAUGGCGCCAUGGAUCCCAGCACUUUCUGCUGCAUAUAAGAGCCCAGUCGAUGAAGAGGUUACAGACAAGUGGCUGUCGGACCAACAGGACAAGUUCAUCGAAACCUCGGGUUACGGAAGACUCCAACACCCUGUACGGUUAUGAACCCUGGCGACUAGAGAAACUCAGGAGAUUGAAGAAGGAGUAUGAUCCUGAAGGUUUUUUUAACGGUUACCAGCCACUAGUGGAGGAGAGCGAACUUGAACAUUGA